AAAAAUUAUCUGGGACGUUCUUUUCGAGUGUUCAUAAAGUUUUCUCGUCAAGUACCGAAGAUUUUCCCAACCCAAGGAGGGGAUACUUACCAAGCAUUUCCUUGUGAAUUUUAGUAGAUCGCAGCUCGCAUAUAAUAGAGGUCGUCACAUAGCCGGCAUUCCAAGCUUUUUAUCGACGCAUCUCGCCUGAUCUGCCUGAUCUCGCACCGAUACAGUGACUUAUCUAUCUGCACUUCCGGGAGAGCGGACAGCUCAAUACACACUCGCGCGUUUCCCAGUGAUAAAUCUGAGCAAGAUAGUGCAUCCCGCUGCCUUCAGAAAAAAAAAAUUGUGAAGAAUCGGAAACUCCAUUUCUUUUCGAGCGAUUUGAAGGACAGAAAUGGCGACCGCUAGAAGAAUUGAGCCUGCGAAUUUGUUGGUUGGGGCGGCUGUUUCGAUGUUUGAGGUCACGACACUAGGUCAACCGCUGGAAGUUCUCAAGACCCACAUGGCUGCUCAUCGCGACUCAGGCCUGAGGGGUGCAAUCAGGGAUGUUUGGUACCGAGGUGCUAGCGGAGGUGGUGGGAUUCGGGGAUUCUAUCAAGGUCUCAUUCCCUGGGCCUGGAUAGAGUCGAGCUCAGCAGGGGCAAUUCUCCUAUUUACUGCAGCAGAGUUGGAGUCUUUUUCGGUUAGUAAUCUGAAACUUUCACCCAGUGCGGCCGGAUUUAUUGGGGGGUGCGGUGGCGGAGUUGCCCAGGCUUAUUUGAGUAUGGGUGUUUGCACUACAAUGAAAACAGCAGAAAUUACAAGGUCCAAGCAAUCCAUCCAGUCAUUGACCACCGGUACUAACUCGAAGGGCACUAUGGGCCUCUUUAUUGACAUACUCAAAAAGGAGGGGAUCCAAGGAAUAAACAAAGGCGUACAUGCUGUGGCUCUCCGACAAUGUACAAACUGGGGAUCACGGAUGGGUUUCACCCGAGUAGCGGAGGAUACGAUCAGAACGGUCAGGGGAAAGCCCAAAGGCUUCGAGCUGACAGCAGGCGAUAAAGUAAUAAGCAGUGUCAUCGGCGGUGCUUUAGGAUGCUGGAACCACCCGAUCGAAGUUGUCAGAAUUGAAAUGCAAUCAAUGGCCAAGCACUCGUCCAAUCGCCCUGAAAAGAUGACUAUCACGAACACAAUGUCAUACAUAUACCGAGAACACGGGUUGAAAGGCUUGUUCAAGGGAGUCUUGCCCCGCAUGGGCCUUAGUGUUUGGCGGACAGUCUGCUUCGUCUCGGUGGCCGACAUGGCCAGAGCGUGGUGGCGUGAUCGAGUAUGAGUUGAAACAUAUAGCGCAGCGAAAAAAUAAAUCGUGGAAGGCCAUCCAGCAUAGAUAACUCAAGUAAAAAUCCAUCAGCUUCCUUACGCAUGUUUAUAAGAGCCGCAUGCAAGGUUCCACAUCCUUGGCUGCUCACUGCUGCAGAGUUCUUACCUUGGUGUAUCGGCCUUAUGUGCAAACUUUAAAUUUUCCCAAUUUCAGCAAAAAGCAAUCAUAAACUAUCAGCUACAAGGAUAGCAACACGUAUCGUCGGCAUAACUUCCUGGGAAGAUGUCUGGUUCCAUCAUUCAUUGCACUUGAUAACACAUUUCACAUUGA